AUGGGAUCCUUGGGCCCUUACGUGACCGACCCAUUGGCGGCCAUGUCCGAGGUUCAGCUCAUUCUCCAUGCGCCUCCCGACUUCCCCAUCAGCAAAAACACCGAGAUUCUCGGUGUCUGCGGUGUUGCCGACAAUUACGCCAAAGCUGACAAAUACGGCUGGAUAGUUGCCGACUUUCUUGCCUAUAAAGUCGGCUGCUACGGUCUUGGUCGUCCAAGUGAUCAUACUUGGCUGAGCUCUCUCGAUUUGCACUGCUUCCUUGAGAAUGUUUCCACCAAAUUGGAUGCAGGUCCUGGGAGCCCUAUGCGCAGAAAGAUCUUUGGCCCCAACGGUGACCAGAUUACCACUGUUCCAGCCAACAAUGCCGGAUUUCUCAACGUUCUUCUCACGCAGAUUGGCGACAGUGCCAAGUCUGCUGCCUCCAAGAACGUCCCCUUGGUUAUUUUCAUGUUCACGCCUGUCACCCCCGAGCAUGAUAUUUGCAUUGACUUCGGCGAGAAGAAAUUCUUAACUACAGAAGAAAUCUGUAGAACUAUCGCGGAAGCCACGGGAAACCCCAAUCUUCCCGUCACCUUGUUGACCCCUUCUGCGUUUACUGGGGGUUGGAACUGCCGGCCUAGUCUCAUGGGGCCGUCGAGAUGUUCCGCCACCAAGGCCAUGGAGUUGAUCGCGAGAUCUUCGGGAGGAGCUUUUGCGGACACAUUCAUGAAAGUCUUUACCAGUCGUCAGUCGCCUCUGUUAGCCCGAGAGCAUCAAGACAUCGCACGGUAUGACGACCUCAUGCCGCUUUCUCCCACCGUGGAACAGAAGAACUUUCUACAUCACCUCCAGGGCCGAGUUCACGAAAUCUUGGAGCACGGAUUCUCGCCUUUCGCUAGCCGCCACACAGCCGUGGUGAAUGGGCCCGACCCUUGGGAGAUUCUCGCCCCCAGAAUCGGUGUGCCACUGAAAGACUGGGGCCCGAGGUUCAUGGAUCGCCCUCUUUACGAGGAUGUCCGGCGCGUGGAGUUUUUCGGAGAAGCGUUCGGAGGAGAACGCAGCUCGCAGCUCUUUCACUUGUGCUACCUCAUUGACAUUGAGCUCAGCACCUGUCCCGGCGACUGGAACAAGAAGACAGCCGGAAUGACGCAGGAGCUGUACCGCGGCUUCACGGAGCACCCCAACCCUGACGAUGACCACUUCAAGCAAGUUUUCGAUGCACUCGAUUAUCGAGCCUCCUCCAUGAAACUGGCUCACUGUGUUGCCAAGGCACUGCAUCUACCGAUGCCUGGCAAUCUGAAGUGCCGUUACUGGAACGACGGCUACGAUCAGGAUGACGCCUUUUACAAGAGGCAUGCUGCGGCGUUUGGCGAAGCGCACAACCUGUUUGAUCAAGUCGCCGUUCGUCCUAGAGAGAGACGACAUGACUACAAAGUUGUGCGAUUCUUGCGUGCAUCGCGCUGGCUCUCGGCUUGCAUUGCCAUGAAGUUUGCGAACGAUGGCACCGAUACUGCCAACGUGAAAAUUUUCGUCAACAGCAGUGUUACGGACUUUAUUACCCAAGUCAAGGAUUUGCAACUCGGCUUGCUUCUGCAAGACAAAGACGUCCUCAAGGCCAGCUCUCGCUGGCUUGCCGCCAUUGGUUUCGGCGAUAGUCGUAACAUGGAAAUCCUGGGGGCGAUUGAUACCAGCAGCCCGUCCCUCGAGGUCUUUUUCCCGAGCCCAGUUGCUCCGGUCUAUGUCGACAAGGGCAAGGGUAAGGAAGUGGCCAAGGUUGAGGAACCGCCAUCUCUUUGGUUUGAGAAACAGAACCAAUCCCCGGUUUAUCCAAUUCAGCAGGCGCCGGUCAAUGUCGGACGUGACGGUGUGGUGUUUCCAGCUGAGGAGCGCGCUGAUGAGUUUGCGUUGCAACAGGCUCUCCUCAACGAAGCCAAAUUUAACAAGGAAAAGGAGAAGACUGUUAUUGAGCCAGCUUUUCAGCAUCACAAACCCCUGAUCAGCAUUCACCAGCCUCCCGCCGCGACUCCGGCUCCCGAAUUUCAGACUCCCAGAUCCCCGGUGCGCAAGUCUCCUGUCACCACUGUUGUCGAGCCUACCAUGGCGUCAGCUCCGGAGCCUGUGUCGACAAAGGCCCCAUCGUCAUACACCCCGGACACGCCGUUUUCCGGCUACACGGCAAUUGUCCAAGAGGUAGCAGAUAAGGUGCUUACCAAACCUGAUGAGGUCAAGGAAGUCUUUGCGCAGAUCCUCCAGGAUGCCAUGAAGAUUGCUCUCUCACGGAUGGAUGCGUCUGCUGACAGUCGUUUGUCCGCUAUCCUUUCUCCUGGCCCACCUCCUCCUAGUGUCGUCCAGCCUGCCAGGUCUACGACUGUUGAAGCACUGGCAGUCAACAACCCGACACCUCCCAGAUCUCCUGUCCAGCCGACAACUCUCUCUUCCGUACAGAAGUCCCCCCAGAGAGCGAUUAGGGACCAGCUGGAGGACACCUAG